AUGGACUAUAAAUUGUUGAACACUCAUCAGCAAUAUAAAGAUAAUUUGGUAAACNUAUAUAUCUGUGCGUUUGCCACCGGUGUUGGAUCCAGUGGUUUAGGGUGUUUCACAUCCGUGUGGCUCAUAGAGCUCUGGAGGGGCAGUAAAGUCCCGAUUAUACAGAUCUAUGAGCUUUCCUUCGGAAUCGGAGCCAUUCUCUCGACAAUUGCUUUAAAGCCAUACAUUACCGCAGAAUUGGAGUCAGAGAUCAAGAAUCACACCAUUUAUUCAGACAAUGAGUUAGCGAUUGAUGUGAUCGAUAGAAAGUCCCGGCUUAUGAUACCAACACUUUUGAUUGGCGGCUGUAUUAUAACGGUGCCAUUAUCGUUGUUUGUAAUGAAUUUUGUGAAGCCAUACAAAGAAUCAAUUCAUAAAACUGUGGACACGGAUGGGGAUGAAAGUCAUGAGACUGAAGAGACGGUUAAGUUGUUUAAUAGGAAAGACACCCCGAAAAUAACAUACUCACCCCUCAAACUAAACGCCGAGACAUCGACCGAAAUAUUUAGCGUUUCUAUGGGUAUAUUCACGACAGGACUCCUACUUAACAUAUUUUAUCCGUACAGUAACGGUAAUGAAGUCCAGAUAUGGAUAUUCCCGGUGUUUAUGAAGGGUUGGCGAAACAAUGGUCUUAAUGUAGACGACCUCUUCCGGUGCUCCCGACACGACGAGUCACAACCGAUUGUCCAGGAGCUGGAAAAGCACUGGAAUAAUGAACGUCAAAAAAAGUCAUCCAAAUUCUGGAGGGCAUUGGUUAUGGCAUUCGGAAAAUACUAUAUACUGCCACUCACUUUAUUAAUAUUGGGGGAAUGCGUUUGUCUUAUAUGUCAGCCCCUGCUACUAGGCGUAGUGAUAGACCAUUUUAACAAGGUCGAAAAUCGCACCUUCAAGCAAGCAUGCAUGGCCGCCGGGGGAGUAUGUUUUUGUACGGCCUUGUUCAUAUUGCUGUACCAUUCGGCCACCAUUAUAGUCAUGCGAAUGGGUAUGAGAUUACGCGCCGCUUCCUCUACUCUUAUUUAUAAGAAG